AUGGGGGGGGCCUGGGCUCCAGCGUGCGUGGUCCUGGGGGCGAUGCUCGAGCCGAUGUGUUAUCCCUCCUCCUGCUUGUCCUGCUGCUCUUCCCUCUUCCGGAGUCUCCUCCUCCUCCUCCUCCUCCUCCUCCUCCUCGCAUGGCUUUCGUGGCUGCCGCGCCUGCCGCACAGGGCGAGCGCCUGGCUCAUCAGGCCCGCCGGCCUUGCCCACCUUGGCACGGAUGACUGCCCGUGCGCGUGCCCGCCGCGGGCACCAUGGGGCGUCCGCGUGCCAUUGCAAAGUGGAAGCGCCCCCCUCUCACCUACAACUGCAUAG